CCGGGUCACUGGCGGGCCGGGGGCCAGGAGCCGGAGCCAGGGGUCUCAGGCUUAUUCUCUUCGCAGGAGACCGAGAGAAGGGGGAAAUGGGGCUGGGGGCCGUUCCCGGGAGGCAGGCGGCCUUCCGAGAGGGGCUGGAGCAGGCUGUGCUGUACGCCAAGGCUCUGGGCUGUCCCAGGAUUCACCUGAUGGCUGGCCGAGUACCCCAGGGGGCUGAUCGAGCAGCAGUCAGGGGUGAGAUGGAGACAGUUUUUCUGGAGAACCUAAGGCACGCAGCUGGGGUUUUGGCUCAGGAGAACCUCGUGGGACUGCUGGAGCCCAUCAACACCCGGAUCACCAACCCCCGGUACUUCCUGGAUACACCGCAGCAGGCGGCAGCCAUCUUACAGAAGGUUGGAAGACCCAACCUCCAGUUACAGAUGGACAUAUUCCACUGGCAGAUCAUGGAUGGGAACCUGACAGGAAACAUCCGGGAGUUCCUGCCCAUCGUUGGGCAUGUACAGGUGGCACAGGUCCCAGUCCGGGGGGAACCUAGCAGCCCCGGAGAGCUGAACUUCCCCUAUCUGUUCCAAGUGCUGGAAGAUGAAGGCUACAAAGGUUUUGUAGGCUGCGAGUACCAGCCUCAAGGAGACACCGUAGAGGGCUUGAGUUGGCUACGUUCAUACUGGGAGAAGCAGGGCCACCCACGGGCUGGCCAGUAAGGUCCUGCACUCCACCCACGUGCCUCUGGGACAGUGAGUCACGCAUCCUGAGUCUCCUCUGAAUUAAAGACAACCUGCUGAACGUU